AUGUCAUUUCUCUUUAAAUAUUCUGCGGUCCUGCGGAUCAUUAAGACGCGUGAGCGCUGUCAUAGAUUGAAGAGAGAGGAGAAGAAGCAGAAGCUGGCAGAGAAGAAGAGAAUUGAGGCCUUGUUCAGGUCUCAAAUGCACUUCAUAAUUCAGAACAUUGAGAAGACAGCCCUGCUCUCUGAGUAUGCCAAUCUGCUUGCUGCUGAGGUGGAACCUGAGACAGUAGAUCAGGAAAUGCGAGAUUUUAGAGUGCAGGUUGACCUGACUGAGAAAGAGCAGUGA